AUGAAUACAAAGUUCUUACAUAGCAUGUUGAAAGCUAGAAGAAAUGCUAAUAGAAUCUUUACUAUAAAGGAUACAGAAGGGAAGAUUAGCACUGAUAUAGAGGGGGUUACCAAUGCCUUUGUGAAGUAUUACUCUAAUCUACUAGGUACUAAAGCUGAGAGUAGAAGAAGGGUAUGUAGUGCAACUUUAAAAAGAGGACCUGUAAUCUCAAGAGAACAAAGGAGGAUGCUGGUUGAAGAGUACACAAGUGCAGAGAUGAAGCAAGCUUUGUGGGAGAUAGCAGGAGAUAAAGCACCAGGUCCGGAUGGGUAUGUAAGUCAGUUCUUCAAAGAUUGCUGGGAAAUAAUAAGGGAAGAUCUUGAAGCAGGAGUGAUGGAAUUCUUUAAAAUAGGGAAAUUGUUGAAGGCAUGGAAUAGCACUGUGCUAACACUAGUCCCAAAAUCAGACCAUGCAGAAUCAGUAGUAGAUUACAGACGUAUAGCUUGUUGUAAUACAAUAUAUAAGGUAAUAUCCAAGAUGCUAACAAACAGGUUGAAGACAGUAUUGCCAAGCAUUAUAUCCCCCAACCAAAGUGCUUUUGUGGCUGGAAGGACUAUUGCUCAGAACAUCUUAAUAUGCCAUGAUUUGGUAAGAUUGUAUAACAGGAAACAAACUACCAGUAGCUGUUUGAUCAAAAUAGAUUUGAGGAAACCUUAUGACAAAGUGGAGUGGGAGUUCGUAGCUGAGAUGAUACACGCACUGGAAUUCCCUCAACAAUUUAUCAAAUGGACCAUGACAUGUAUUACAACAGUGCAAUACGAAAUUGCAAUCAAUGGAGGCUUGUAUGGAAACAUAAAAGGGGAAAUGGGACUUAGACAAGGGGACCCCAUAUCCCCUCUGAUCUUUGUCCUGUGCAUGGAGUAUUUCACAAGUAAAGGGACCUUUCAAUCAGUGCUACUGCUUUUAAGAGGCUUAAAAACUUUCUUAGAAUGUUCAGGCCUGACUACAAAUGCAAACAAAUCAAACAUCUUCAGUGUCAAUAUGCGAAGCCAUCACCAGAAGGGUCUGUUGGAAAUAACAGGACAUCAGAAAGGAAAUCUGGCAUUUAGAUACCUUAGUGUACCAAUAUCAGCUAAGAGGCUAUCUAAAAUUGAUUGUGAAAUACUAAUAGAUAAGAUUGCAACCAGAAUCAAAGGAUGGGGGACAAGACAUCUCUCAUAUGCAAGAAGGGUGCAGCUUGUUAACUCAGUACUACUUCACAUUCACAGAUAUUGGGCAACAAUAUUUCUGAUCCCAAAGCAGGUGUUGAAGAGUAUAACUGCUAUGUGUAGAAACUUUAUAUUGGAUGGGAAACCUGUCACAAAUAAACCACCCCUAGUGGCAUGGGAUAUAGUUUGCAGGGCAAAACAUGAAGGAGGAUUGGGGAUAACAGAAAUGAUCAAAUGGAAUGAAGCUGCCAUAGCAAAAUAUGUAUGGAAUAUUGACCAAAAAGCUGACAACCUAUGUGUGAAAUGGAUCAACAAUGUCUACUUAAAAGAGAUGGACUGGUGGCAGUACAAAUGCGCUACUGAUGUAUGCUGGCUACACUCAGAACUUAUGGAGCAGUGCCAAUGGAGAGUACACAAUACAAGGGGGAUACAAAUGGAGAAUGGGGGAGCAGGAAAGCUGGAGAUGGAGAAGAUGGGUAUGGAAUCACAUGAAUUUACCCAAGCACAGUUUCAUUUGCUGGAUUACGAUGCAUCAAAGAGAGGUGCUACAAUGGAUGAAGAUAGGCAUCCAAAAGACAGACUUAGCAGGAUUAUGGAGGAGAGUGACCAGACCAAUGAAAGGGAGAAGGUGCAGGGAAGUAGCCACUGCCAUACUAGCUGCUUUGGUGUACUGGAUAUGGAAAGCAAGAAACACUGUGGUAUGGGAGUUUAA